AUGUCUCUGUCGCGCCUUCCCCCCAUCGGCCAGCUGCGCUCCUUGCCAGCAGCAGCUCAGGCCGAUGCAUUGGAUCUGCUCUUUGAACCGAGCGCCGCCAUUCACUCAACCCUGUUGCCAGUCAUUCAAACCUCAAUGUACUCUACGUAUCCCGAGCUGAUAGACCAGUGCCGCGUGGCACUCUUUGACCUCGCCGCCAAGUCUACGCCCGACAAUCCCGACCCUACGCUCUUAUCGGUGGUUGCUUCUCAUCCUCGUCUCGGGGCCAAGAAGGUUGACUCAGCCCAAUCCGCAGCCGAGCAGGCAAAUCUUCAAGGUCAGGGCGAGCAGCUGGCUGAGCUCAAUCGCGAGUAUGAGGAGAAAUUCCCCGGCCUGAGAUUUGUUGUUUUUGUGAAUGGCAGAGGGCGGCCGGAGAUUAUGCAUGACAUGAGAGUGCGGAUUGACCGGGGCGACUUUUCAAAGGAAAUCGAUGCAGCAUUGCAGGCCAUGUGCGACAUUGCCCAAGAUAGGGCGACAAAGCUUUUGGCUUUGAGAUGA